AUUCACUAAUAAUCCCUCGACGCAUCGUCGCCAGCGCUCCUCUGGAAUAAUUCUAUCGUCGCCGGCGCUGAAUAUUUGGGACCCGAAUAUUCAUAUCAUACCUUGCUCAAUAUCGAUUUCGAGGUUAGCUUCCUACUCCAUCCACGAACACCGCGACCAUCGUUAUAAAAUUGGCAAACCUUCAAUUGAUUAUAAAUGGUUCAUCAAAUUUGUUCGGUUUCUACGUGUAAAUUGUUUGAUUUUUAUAACAAAUUGGUCUCUGCUUCCCAACACUAGGGAUCCUGUGUAUUGCAAAUUGUCAUUUGCCCUUGUGCCAUAACUAAAUCUCUAGAGGUAGAGAGCAGCUCCCACUUCUCUGUCGUGGUCAUGGCACUGCUGCCCCAGCACCUGACCCCAAAACACCUCCUUCAGCUCCUCAAAUCGGACAAGAAUCUCAGCUCUGCACUCACCCUGUUCAACUUAGCCACUUCCCAUCCUAACUACGCACAUUCCCCCGCCGUCUUCCACCACAUCCUCCGCCGUCUCUCCGCCUCCAAGGACCCCAAAUUCCUCCCCAACAUCACCCGCAUCGUCGACCUCAUUCGCCUCCAGCAAUGCCCUUGCACCGAAGACACAGCACUGGCCGUGCUCAAGAUCUAUUCGAGAAAUCAAAUGUUGGAGCCGGCUGUAGAGAUUUUCGAUAAAAUGAAGGAGGUUUUUGGCUGUGAGCCCGGGGUGAGGUCUUAUAAUAGCUUGAUUAAUGCGUUUCUGGUUUCGAAUCAACUGAGCAAGGCGGAGUUAUUGUUUAGAAAUUUUAGGAUUAUGAAUGUAUCUCCUAAUUUGGAAACUUUUAAUAUAUUGCUCAAAAUCGCUUGUAGAAAGAGAGAAUUCGACAAGGCGAGAGAGCUAAUCGGUGUUAUGUGGGAGAGGGAUUUGGUUCCGGACGUUUAUAGUUAUGGUACUCUCAUCAAUGGGCUCUCGAAUAGUGGGGAUGUUUACAAGGCUCUGAAAGUGUUUGAUGAAAUGUUUGAAAGAGGCUUGAAGCCUGAUAUUAUGUGUUAUAACAUGCUAAUCGACGGGUUUUUGAAAAUUGGAGAUUACAACGGCUAUAAAGGGAUUUGGGAGAGAUUGAGUAAGGAUUCGUUGGUUUAUCCAAGUGUUGUUACAUACAAUGUUGUGAUCAGUGGUUUGUGUAAGUGUGGGAGGUUCGAAGAGGGUGUGGAGCUGUGGAAAAGGAUGAGACAGAAUGAACGGAAAAUGGAUUUAUACACGUACAGUGCUUUGAUUCAUGGGAUGUGUGAAACUGGGGAUAUUGAUGGGGCCGAGAGGGUUUAUAAAGAGAUGGCUGAGAGUAAGAUAUCACCCGAUUCUAUUGUAUAUAAUGCAAUGCUGAACGGCUAUUUGAAGGCUGGGAGAGUUGGUGACUGUUUGAGCUUGUGGGAGUUGAUGGGGAAGGAGGGUACGCGAAGUGUUGCUAGUUUUAAUAUAUUGAUGAAAGGGCUAUUUGAUCAUGGUGACAUAGGCAAAGCAUCCUCUGUAUGGGAGCUCAUGCAGGAGAGUGGUGUUGCUGCUGAUUCCACAACUCAUGGUAUUUUAGUCCAUGGGCUGUGUGACAACGGAUACAUCAGCUACGGUUUACAUGUAUUGAAGACUGCUGAGGGGAAAGGAGAUGUUCUAGAUUGUUCUGCUUAUUCAGCAAUGAUCAACAGGUUAUGUAAAGAAGGAAAAAUGGAUGAAGCAGCUUCUAUGCUGAAUGGCAUGGUUAAAACUGGCCUUAUGCCGAAUGCUCAUGUUUACAAUGCUCUGAUCAAUGGUCUUGUAGCUACUUCUAAGAUUGAGGAUGCAAUUAGGUUGUACCAUGAGAUGGGAAAGGCACAUUGUUCCCCUACUGUUGUUACCUACAAUACUCUUAUAAACGGGAUGUGCAAGGCUGAAAGGUUUGGUGAAGCAUAUGACCUUGUGAAAGAAAUGUUGGAGACUGGAUGGCAGCCAGGUGUUAUCACUAUUAGCAUAUUGAUAAAAGGUCUUUGUUUAGGACAUAAGGAAGACAUGGCUCUUAAUCUAUGGAACCAAAGUAUUAGCAAAGGUCUCAAACCUGAUGAACAGAUGCACAAUAUUUUGAUUCAUGGCCUCUGUACUGCCGGCAAAACUCAACUUGCUCUGUCAUUAUACUUGGACAUGAAUCAUUUCAACUGUGCACCGAACCUUGUUACCCACAAUACUCUUAUGGAAGGUUUUUAUAAAGAGGGUGACCUAAGAAAUGCUACUGUAAUCUGGGCUCGCAUCUUAAGAAAUGGUCUACAGCCAGAUGUCAUUUCUUAUAAUAUUGCACUUAAAGGUCUUUCUUCUUGCUGUAGAGUAUCGGAUGCCAUUUUGUUCUUACACAAUGCUUUGGCUAACAAAAUUGUUCCAACUAUAAUUAUGUGGAACAUACUUGUUAGAGCUGUUAUUCAAUCUACAGAUCCAAAAUAAUUUGGUUCAUGAAACGACUAACAAUGCAGAUGACAUGAUUGCUGAGAUUUAGUGAGGAACAGGGGAUUCAGGGUCAGAUAAUUUUCCCUUGCUGUAAGACUACGAGAAGAGCAUAUUGCAGUAUUAAAGCAAUUUCACAUGCAAAAGAAGAAAAUACACUGGACCAGCUUCAUACAAUUCUUUGAGGGCUCUGGAUGAUUUAAUAAAUCCUGAAACUAAUGCUUCCUUACAGAAUGAAAUUAUAUGAAGGAAAAGGAAAAGAUUGCAUGAAGCAACAAAAAAAAAUCCACUGACAAUCUUCUAGCAAUGGGUUUCGACAGAGCAUCAGUAUACCUAAACUGCAGAAGUUUUAUCGAUAUUUUUUGUAUAUUGUUCUUCUUUCUCAUUUAUUUGCACGUUGCUCUAAUAGUAUUCCCGUGCUUAUUUAUUUACAUAUUCUCCUGCUGUUAUCCAGUGGAAGCAGCUCUUCGUAGGUUUGAGUCCGAAGAGCAAGCGUAGAGUUAUCUACUUACACAACCCAUCACAAGCACAGCAGGUGGCGUAGGUGCAGAUCACCAACUUGGAGCAUCAACUACUGAAGAAAGGGGCGGCAAAGGUAGCGUAGGCGCGGGCAGGCCACAAAGUUGGAGGGUCAUCGAGUCAAAACGAGCCCAUGGAAGAGCGGGACGUAGAGAUGGAGGAUGAGCUGACGAGGGAGUUGGGAGCUGCAGACGCUUACUCAGACUAUGAUAUUGAAGUCACAAAAGAAGGUGAAACCAUCAAUGAGUAUUUAGCACUGAUCAGCUCUGCAGAGAAUGCGUAGAAAGUACCAUCUUCCGCAGUUUAUUGCCUUGAUUUAUUUCCUUUUGUACAGUUUAAUUCAUUCUUUUAUUAUCCUAGUCUACCUUAGGUUUUUCGACUUGAUAAAUGACAUGUAUCUGAUGGUGGUGGUUACGUUGGUAAACUAGUGAGUCAAUUGAAUUAAAGCCUAGUAGCCUACUAUUAUCUUAA